GAACGCUCCAGGGAAAUGCUCUCCUCCUGAGGGAUGUUGGGCCACGAGAGCGGAGUCCUGGCUCCCUCCCUGCGGCUUUUACUCCAGAACGAGGCACAAACAUAAAUCCGAGGAAGCCUCCAGGAAGGAAGAAGCGCCCAGGGCAGAAAUGCUGGCGCUGUCGAACAGCACGGCCCUGGAGCUGCUCCUGUCCAAAGCGCUCCGGGGCUGCCUGGAACGCGCCAACAGCUCGGCUCCUGCGGAGGCGAGGAGCGCCAGCGACCACCUGGAGAUCGUCUACGUGCUGCUCAUGCUGGGGCUCUUCGGGUUCUUCACCCUGGGGGUGAUGGUGACCAACCUGCGGGCGCGGCGCCUGGAGGGGCCCCGCGACCCCUACCACACCUACAUCGCCACCGACGCCUGGCGCAAGAAGGACAGGGAGGACUUCCAGGCCAAGGUCGUGGAGAAUUACAAGCUCUGCUGCGUCCUGGAGAACCAGCUGGCCGUGGAGCAGCCGGGCUUGAAGAUCCCCGAGGAGAAAUCCUCCUAGGGAAGGGCAGUGGAAGGCCGGAGCGCGGCGCGGGGACGGCGUGAGCGAGCGGCGCCU